AUGGCACUCACUCGCGCGCAAGCACGCGCCCACCCAAACAACCACCAGCCUCCAGCACUCAAUCGUCCAGCGGUAAGGUGCGCAAACAGGAACACCAAAAGACAUCUCGCCAGCUCCUUAAGCGAACCGACCUCGCGCAGACGAACGGUGUGUUGUGCUCGCCUCUACAGACGCCGACCCUCCCCUCCGAAGCCAUCUCGAGAGCUCCAGACGCCUGCUGCAUCUUUACGCCGGAAACGACAGCGUGAAGAUCAAGACGCUCCGGAACAGCCUGAGCAUCGUGCUCUCAAGGGCAACCGCCCAUCCAACCGAACGCCUCAAUCGCCAGACAACGGCGAGACCGACGAGACCGAUCCCAUCGCUUGUUGGGUCACAAAGGGACGCUGGCCAGCACGACACAAGCAAUAUUCUGACACGGAGCGCGUUCUUGCCAGAAAGAAGUCUUCGCCUUCUUUGAGGAGCCGCAAGCGAUCGGAGCCUGGCUCUGCCAGCUCUGCGACUCCCAACGACCAAAGACCCAGGGAAGAGAAGUGUGCGCCGUACCACAACCCACGGUACCAGACGCUGCUCGAGACAAAGGGCAGCUUCAUGGACAAGUCGAAACUGGGCAUCACUGAUGAAAGCAAGUCCCUUUGCCGAACACUACUUGAGAAGGAGCAGCAAACACCUAGAGACUCCCUGUUUCGCGACGAUAUUUUCGAAGACACUUGCCAGAAAGUCAAAAACAGGAAUGAGGUAAGAAUCAUAAGGGACAUCACCCCGUUGAUCGUCCCCUCCGCGGAGACUCUUGCUACCUAUGGGGAUAAGGAGCUUGAUUGUUUGAUUGAAAGCACCAACGAAGGAUGGAGCAACUCUCUCCCUCUGACAAGCAUUCGACCACAGCCUGACUUCUCGGUAGGCUUUAGGCGCCAUGCAUUUUCAGAGGAGCAGCUCAAAAAGCUCUCCCCCUUUAUCGGUAACUUCAUUGCCGGUGACCAGUCCUUCUUUAUGGCGACAUACCAGAUGUACUUCCCUUUUCUCACAUGUGAGGUCAAGUGUGGCGCCGCAGCGCUUGAAAUCGCAGAUCGCCAGAAUGCUCAUAGCAUGACCCUUGCCGUAAGAGCUAUUAUCGAGCUCUUCCGUCUUGUCGGCCGUGAGAAGGAAGUCAACCGCCAGAUACUAGCUUUCUCGAUCUCUCAUAACCAUCGAAUUGUACAAGUCUACGGCCAUUAUGCAGUAGUUCAGGAUAAGGAUACGAAAUACUACCGCCAUCCAGUUCGCACCUUUGACUUCACCGAACUUGACGGCAAGGACAAAUGGACGGCCUACUGUUUUAUAAGAAAUAUUUAUGAUAUUUGGAUGCCAGGACACUUUACGAGGAUUUGCUCGGCAAUUGACAAGUUGCCAUCUCACUUGGAUUUCAACAUUCCGCCGCUUGUAGAAACUGGACUCUCCCAAGAAUUCGAAAGCCACCAUCCGUCCGAGUCAUAUAUUGCCUCUGAACGGGAACCUGACCUGCAGUCCAGCACCGCCGAGGAGCAAGGAUUAACUCCAGAUCUUUUGUCUGCAGGGCCCGGUGCGGCGAAAAGACUGAGGAGAAGGCAAGGCUGA